AGUUCCCAUCAAAGCUUGAAAUCAAUGGCAAUGAAGAAGAAGGUUUCUGUUGUUGUUCUUGUUGCUUUAUCGUUUACUUUACUUCUGGGCUUAGCCCAGAGCUUCGAUUUCCAUGAAAAGGAUCUGGAGACAGAAGAUAGUCUCUGGAACUUGUACGAGAGGUGGAGGAGUCAUCACACUGUUUCUCGAGAUCUCUCAGAGAAGCUAAAGCGUUUCAAUGUGUUCAAAGAGAACGUUAAUUUCAUUCAUGAAUUUAACAAGAAGGAUCAUCCUUACAAGUUGAAGCUAAACAAGUUUGGAGACCUUACCAACCAAGAGUUCAGGAGCACCUAUGCAGGCUCCAAAGUGAAGCAUCACAGCAUGCUUCGAGGCCCUUCACGAGCGACUGGUGGCUUCAUCUAUGAGAACUUCGAAAAGACCCCUCCUUCCAUCGAUUGGAGGACCAAAGGUGCUGUCACCCCUGUCAAGAACCAAGGCCAAUGCGGUAGUUGCUGGGCUUUUUCCACUGUCGUAGCUGUUGAGGGCAUAAACCAAAUCAAAACCAAGAACCUGGUAUCCUUAUCUGAGCAGCAGCUGAUCGACUGCGACACUGGGGAGAACCAGGGUUGUAAUGGAGGACUCAUGGAUCACGCGUUCGAGUACAUAAAGAGGAAUGGAGGAAUCACUACAGAAAUAAAUUAUCCCUACGUUGCCCAAGAUAAAUUGUGUGAUAUCUCAAAGGAGAAUUCUCCAAUGGUGACAAUUGAUGGGCAUGGGAAUGUGCCCGCGAAUGACGAGAAUGCCUUGAUGCAAGCAGUCGCAAACCAACCUGUAUCCGUUGCCAUUGAAGCUAGUGGUUAUCCCUUCCAGUUCUACUCAGAAGGCGUGUUCGUUGGACCCUGCGGGACAGAGCUAGAUCAUGGAGUGGCAAUUGUGGGAUAUGGAAAAACUGUUGAUGGGACCAAGUACUGGACUGUGAAGAACUCAUGGGGAGCAGAUUGGGGAGAACAAGGUUACAUUAGAAUGAAGCGUAGAGUACCUACCAAAGGAGGACUGUGUGGUAUAGCCAUGGAAGCUUCUUAUCCCAUCAAAAUCACCCCUAAUAGUGAUGCCAAGCCAGCCUCUCCUCUCAAUGACGAGCUCUGAUGAGGAGGACUAACGACAUUUUUCUUUAAAGGUUUUGUGCUUAGGCCUUAGGUUAAUUAUGGAAUCUCUUGUAUCUCUCAGAGAAUGAAAUAAAAUUUGGAUCAAUAUCUA